AUGGUGAAGGAAGCUGGUUUGGGUGCAAUGGAGAAACCGAACCACAAACACGUGGCUGACUCGGAUUUGAUCUCGCCGGCGAAGAAGGCCAAGAAGUCAGAGGAGGCCGGAUGUGAUACUGAAGAUCCGAAAAUCCCCAGUGGUGCAGAAGACGAGAAGCAGGAGAUUUCCGGCGGAGAAGAAGCCAUAGCCGCCGUUGGUGAUAGAGCGGCGGAAGAAGAAAGCUCUAGCUGUGUAAGUGAAGAGAAGAAGGGAUUUCUAAUUGAAGCUGCUGCUGCUGAAGACAGAGGAGGUAGACAGACAAUGGAAGAUGUUUGGGUGGUUUUGCCCGACGCUUCUUUGGAUUUCCCAGGGAAACUAAGGUGUGCGCAUUUUGCUAUUUAUGAUGGCCAUGGUGGUCGUUUAGCUGCGGAGUAUGCUAAGAAGCAUCUUCACCUCAACGUUCUUACAGCUGGGUUACCACGUGAGUUGAUGGACGUCAAGGUUGCUAAAAAAGCCAUACUUGAAGGAGGAUGGAAAGAUGGCGCUACAGCAGUGUGUGUCUGGAUAGUUGAUCAGAAGGUUUUUGUUGCCAAUAUUGGUGAUGCUAAGGCUGUUUUGGCACGAUCCUCGUCUGCCAGCGAAUUGGGAAAUCAUACGGAAGCAUCAUGUAAUCCUCUCAAAGCAAUUGUUUUGACAAGAGAGCACAAGGCAAUUUAUCCACAGGAGCGUUCUCGCAUUCAAAAGUCAGGUGGUGCUGUAAGCUCAAAUGGACGGUUGCAAGGGCGUCUUGAGGUUUCUAGGGCUUUUGGUGAUCGUCAAUUCAAGAAGUUUGGUGUCACUGCAACUCCAGACAUUCAUGCAUUUGAAUUAACUGAGAGAGAAAACUUCAUGAUUCUUGGUUGCGAUGGAUUGUGGGAAGUUUUUGGAACAAGCGAUGCUGUUGGGUUUGUUCAGAAACUCUUGAAGGAGGGCUUGUCUGUAAGCACAAUAAGUCGUCGUCUUGUUAAGGAAGCUGCGAAAGAACGUCAUUGCAAGGACAACUGCACAGCCAUCGUUAUUGUCUUCAAACGCGAAUGA